CGGGACAGCUUGCCACAGAAGGGAUGAGUUAGUCCAGUGGGAAGUUACUUGAUCUGAUUGUGAUGUGUGCAUCAAGUUUUGUGGUCCCUGACUCUAGCAUAAUAACCUACCCCGAAGUGCAGUGAAUACUAGUAGUUAUUAGUUUAGAUUGACAGUGUAUGACGAAUUGUUGCGGUAGCCUAUAUUGCACGUAAUAUAAUUAUUUUGCUAUGAUUCAGUUGUCAGACAGUUUAAAUGUGCUCACAGUGUGCAAGAUACUAGUUUUCCAUAAUAGUCUUAUCUGUUGGCAUAAAGAUAAUCCCUAAAAUGAAUAAUGAAUAUGACCGAAAGUGAAAGUAAAUCGUCAUUUUAUAUUAAACCACAGUGCAACUUCGUAUGCGUAGCUGACCUUGGCGAUCAUGUGCGGAUAGAGUUGCAUCGGAUCUACUUCUAGUCUAGCGGUUGGUGGUUUUAGCGCUUAUUCUUUCAGAAUUAAGUGGUUUUGUUACGUUUGUUACAGAGGUGGAGUUGGGAAUUUCCAACCCUUCAGGAAUCUUUGACAGAAGAGCUAGCAGCAUACAUGUAGCCUAAGUGACGACCAGCAUGGCUCAGACACGUUGCUGCUGAAGAGCUAACGCAAAUCGCCGAACUCGUUUGGUUUAAGCAGAAGCCAUAAGGAUGUAUUUCUGAAUAGCCUAAUAUUUCACUGCCGGUCUGUUUUCAGAGGUGAGAGAGAAGAGGAAGGAAGAGAGACGGAAGGAAGAGUGCUCCCACGUAGCCACACAUGUGGCCCUUAAAGUGAUCUCUGGUCCUCCUCUCCAUCAGUGUCUGCAGAGGCUGCAGGGAAGAGAGUGGCAGUAGGGGUCUGGUAAACUGUUGGGCUGAGAGGGAACAAGCAGUCCCCAGCAUCUCCAAGGACUACCUGCUGAGAGACGAACACACCUCACUGGAAGUAUGGCCUGGUCAGGAGUAUGGGUCCUUGGCUGGUUGUUUGGUCUGGUUUUGGCACAGUCUGUGUUAACAGUGGAGAUGCAGCAGCUAUGCAGAGCUGUGAAAGUAAUGAACAGCAGCCUGGUUUUUAAAGAGAGAGUACACUUUAUGAGGCACAACAUGCCCAUCAACUUCACCAUUAAGAUUCAUUAUGAGGAGGUCUUCAAGCUGAGGAAUGUCAGCAGACUGAGGAGGAACUUGCAGGAUCAAGACCUGCAAGAUGUGGAUCUGCAGGAGACGUGGCUUAGGGUAAACCUGGGCAUUCUGAAGAAGAUCAAGAACCUUCUGCCCAGGAAACAUCCUUCCUACAACUAUACAGCUGACCUGGAGACGCUCCUCCUCAGUGUGGAACAAGUUUUCACUGAUUUAAAAGAGCAGAGGGAACCGCGGGAGUCGCCAGAACGAAUAGGAAACAUCUGGGAAGCUUUAGCGACCCCCUUGGGAAAGCGGAGGACGGAGGCCACACCGAAAUCCCUGCUGGACAACUGUUACCACACAAUGCUGUGUGUCUUCCACAGUUGCUUCCCUUCUGUAGACUACUGCCAACGGGCUUUCUGGAGGAACGAGAAGAAGGCCCAAGUAACUCCCACACCUCCUCUUUCCUCUACGGACAUAACGACAGGGAAAGCUGGACAAUGAAAGAGACGUGUGGUCAUUGCCAAGGGACUUGAACUGAACUGAACUUUAUGAUAGCUUGGGCACAUCUUGCCUGUUGCUGUGGAAAUGUGGCCUGGAUGCCAAAAGUACCUUUGAGGAGUCUUCACAACCCACCCAAGCAUGUUUUUUUCUGAGCUGUGUAACCUUUGUGAUCGAAUGGGCUGUUUGUGUUUCAGUAUUCCAACAUCAUUCACUUCAUAUGUGGCAGAUGGGCAACUUUGGCACUAAUUUCAGAGAAGGGGUGAUACUGUAGCAGCCAAAGAUGUGGUGAUUCAUGUUUUAGGGACACUGGUAAAGUGCCAACAGCACAGUGUAAAUUAACAUAUGAAAGAAGCGGAAUCAUAACUUGGGGAAAUGUAUGUUUCAGGCCACAGCUGUAUUCAUUAUGGCAUCACCACAAAGAUUUGCAAUUCACAACAAAUAUGACAAAAAAGUUUUAAUAGAAUAUUACUGUGUGAAAUUUCUGAAUGUAAUGACUUGACAUAGCGACAUUAUAUUUCAUUUAUUAGUUUAGUUGCAAAAAAACUAAUAUGGGCAAUGACAUUGUUAUAUAUAAUAUUAAUUAUGUUGGCAUAUUAUUAUUGAAGAAUUCUAUUGUAAAAUACAAAUAUCCUAUUGUCAUACAUGCACAUAGACAUACAGACCAAAUUCAAAUUGUUGUGUUACGCUGUGGAGGCCGAAGCCUGUGUGCUUUUAUCUCAGGUGUCAGUCACAAAUAAAGAUUGCUGGCAUACAAGUAGUGCAGAUGGCAAAAUGCCAGGAGUACCCUAAGAGUCUGCCAUAGUUGUUUAUACAAUAAUUGUCUCAGCUGCUUGUUGUGCCAUAGUAAUUGAGGUAUAUCAUCAUAAUUGAUGUUCAGUUUAUUAGCACAGAAACAUAAAAAUGCUUGGUGGUGUUUUCGUAACACAAUAUGCUGAACGGUCAUUUCAAGUGUCAUCCUAAACUUGUACGUUUGCUACUUACUGAAAUUAUUGUAUGGUUGUUGAUUGUACGCCACUGAAACAUGAUGACAAACUGAAAAGUGUUGUAAUGCAUCAACCCAGAAAACAUGUUCAUCUCAAUGGGCCUGUGAACUUUCCCAAAUAUUUAUAUUAACCAUAUUAAUGUUUUGUACAAAUGAGACUUAAGUUUAAACACAUCAGUUGUACUAUGGUUAACAAUGUCUCUGUCCCUGUGAUGUGUGUGUGAUGAUGUCGUGAAAGGCUUGUUAUAUCCCUAUGUAAAUUACAUACAGAUGUUGCUGACUUGCUGGCAUAGUCAGGAAAUUCCCCCCAGUAACCUAUGACUUCAGCUUCUAACUCUGAACUUCCCCUGAGCAGCUUAUGCAUUUUGCAUUUGAUCAUUAACAGCUAUUUUUUCCUGUGUACUGUUGAACUAAAGAGAGUUUAUGAUUUGAUGUUUUCUGUUAGGUUUGUCCAUACAGUUUCGUUUAUUUAUUUUUUUACGCUUUAUAGACUGUUGAAAAUGUUACAUGAAUAAAAGAUGAAUCAUAA